CGUGGACGCGCGUAGAGUUGGGAUUUCACACUUGAAAGAGGGAUGAUGAUGAUGGUGGGAGGAGGAGGAGGAGGAGGUGAAAAAGAAAAAAGAAAACCCUCGGGAAAAGCAAGAACAUAAACAGGAAUUGAACUGUUUUUUAUAUGAAUUUUGGGUUUUUGGGCUCUCGUUUUUGGCUGAGUAAACGCAUCGAUCGUCGUGCGUUUUGCUUUUUGAGCUUUUUGCUGUUUUGACAGCCAGCUGCCCGAGUUGACAAGGAGAUUUGCCCGUUACUGUUUGCAACUGGCAAGGAGCUUAAGGUUUUCUUAUUGGGCAACGCUUGGGGUUUUUCUUUGACGUAAGAUUGAGUUGUUUAUCCGCGGGUUCAAAGGAGGUUUCUGUUGGUGGAGGGAGUUUUCGAACCUAGUUACCUUUCCUACAAGCUACUACGAAAAAACAACAACAACAACACUCUUGGGAGUGUGUUCAUUGUCCAUUUGGAAACCACAAAACCAACAUUCCGGACAUUCGCGUUUAGACAUGACGUUUGGACGACCACCCAAGUCCGCUCCAGACCGGCCGGUACUAGGUCUCUCCGUCGAGCCCCCACAAUCAUCUUGUACACCACUAUCAUACCCUUACCACCCAUACGCAACUCAAGGGCCACCUAUACCAUGGACACCAGAAUUACUGCAUUACCUCGCAGCAAGUCAAAAGCUCAUGGACGAUUGGGCUGCCUCGGCGGGAUUAGGAUCCCAUGCACAGGGGUAUUUGAAUUUAUUUCCGCAGUUGUUGUUGAUGCCGCGGGGACCUUUUGCUGGUGUGGCUACGAGUAGUAGUACGAGUCCAGAACCUGUAGCGUGUAAACAAGAUUUGGUAGAGUCUCAACGGAUGGAGACGCCAAAACCACGUAAACCCCGACCUCGCCCCGUUGUGAAUCCCCAUGCCAUCAAAAACGCCCGGGAUUCAUUGGAACUUGCUUCUCCUUCCCGGAAAUCGCCGUCAAGUGCACAUGCGUCCUUAAGUGAUGAUGUGCAGUCUGUUCAAUCUGGAUCUGCGUCAGCGUCGGGGUCGGAGGGGGUUACGAAUGAGGGGAUUCGGAGGUUGGUCGAUCAGUUCCCGACCCCGCCGUUGGAGUUGGCGAAUGAUCCGUAUGCGUUCCAGCCGGAAAAGUUGAAUGAUACGUUGGAACGGAAAACGAGACGGACUUCCCGCCCAGUAUCCUCCUCCUCAACCCGCUCUUCCCGAUCCUACCCCUCCACAGCCUCACUAACCCAUUCCUCACUCUCCACCACAAACGGUUUCGGCGCCAUGUUCCAUCCACUGGACCUUCCCCCCAUUCUCAGUCCACCGAUUCAGACUCCUGUGACACCACCCGCCAGUCCACGUCCCGACCGCCCAACCACACCUACUAUUGACGAGUGGUUGAAUUUCCAGAGUGUGGUGUCGACGGAUGGGUUUAGAGAGCAGGGAAGGAGGGUUUCGGAUCUGGAGGAGUGGAAGAGGGAGUGGAGUCAGGAGAUUAGGGUAUCCUCCCUCCCGUCCCUCACACGCCAACUCUCAAAUUCAGGCAACGAAGCCCUCUUGAACGCCAUUUUACUCAACUACACAUUAGGCGUCAACCGACUCCGUGAACCUUGUUUUGAGUUACAGAGAGCCACGUUACGUAAAUCAAAGAGUGAGGAGAUUGUACGUUGGGAUGAUAAACUCAACACGACUUACUCUCCUCGACCUGCGAAAACUUCAAGUUUUGCGGGGACACGACGUUCGCUUACGAUCCAAGAAGACCCGCAUCCAAAAGACAAGACGACAGCGUUAAUUGAGUACUCUACGACGAUUGAUCGACUUGAGCGGCCGUCAUUGGAUUCUCAACGGGCGGUUUUAAGGCCUGUUCAAAGCUCGAGGAGGACGUAUGGAAAAAUUCGGAGUGGAGAUUCCACCACUCAACGUGUGGUUCAAGAUGGUGAACGUGUGUUGGAAAUGUCCUCUGCAUGCAAGUCCUCUUGCAACGCACUGAAUACCCAUUCCAAUGAAUCCACUCACGACACUUUGCUUUUGGAACCCAUCACACCCACCCAACCCUACUCUAUUCACCCCACAAACUCUAACGGUACCCCUAAAUCGAGGGUGUUUAUCCCGCCCCCUCGUUUGGAUAGUAUGAUGAAGAAACGGAGGUGGAGGGGUUUAAAGAGGCUUGUAGGUAUGUAAAGAAGACGAGUUUUUUUUUUUUUAUAUAGUUUGUAUAGUUUUAUUUUUUUGUUUUUGAAUAUAUUAUAUAGGUGUUGUUGUUGUUUUAGUAGAAAAAGUAUUUUUUUUUGUAUUUUGGGG